UGGAACAGAAGGCCGCCGGUGGGCUGUGACGUGAGAUCCUCCGGCACGACCAGCUCCGCGCCGCCGCCGAGUUCAUGCCACAGAGCGCCAGAGGAGGCUUCCUGCUAAGCCACUUCUUCCCGGGGGGAUGCCGGACGCCGCCGCCUCUGGUAGCCAGGAGACCGCCACUGUGGGGGUCCAGCGCUCCAUAGAGCCCAGCGCUCUGAGCAGACUGACCCGCUACCAGACCUACAAGCGGCGAUGGUUCUUCCUUCUGGUCGUCUCCUUACUCAGUUGUUCCAAUGCUAUGCUUUGGCUGAGUUUCGCCCCGGUGGCUGACAAAAUUUCUCACUACUUCCAACUCUCCAUGAUGGAGAUUAAUUGGUUGUCGCUUAUCUACCUGGUGAUAUCCAUCCCCUUUGGCAUAGUUGCUACAUGGAUCCUGGAUUCUUUUGGACUCAGGUGUUCAACUAUCCUGUGUGCCUGGUUGAAUGCCAUUGGGAGUGUCAUCCGAUUGUUCCCCUGCUUUCCUUUUCUGGGCAAUUACCAUUUCCUGUAUUUUAUGAUCGGCCAGAGCUUGUGCGCUGUGGCCCAGGUCUUGGUGGUCUUCUCUCCAGCCAAACUUGCAGCCUUGUGGUUCCCAGAGCACCAGAGAGCCACUGCCAACAUGAUUGCAACCAUGUCAAACCCUCUGGGCGUCCUCCUGGCUAAUAUGGGGUCUCCUGCGCUUGUGAAAAAAGAGGAAGAUAUUCCAUUAAUGCUUGGACUCUACAUCAUCCCAGCUGGUGUUGCCUGCCUCCUCUCCAGUGCCUGCAUUUGGGAAAGCGUCCCUCCAACUCCACCAUCCGUGGGAGCUGCCACCUCUACCUCAGAGCCUUUUCUUUCAGGGAUGUGGAUUCUCCUUCGGAACAAAGCAUAUGUCAUCCUGGCGCUGUGCUUUGGAGGUGGCAUUGGUGCUUUCUCGGCCUUCUCUGCCCUGCUGGAGCAGAUCCUUUGUGUGAAAGGCUAUUCCAAUGAAUUUUCUGGCCUCUGUGGUGCCCUCUUCAUUGUGUUUGGGACUAUUGGUGCUUUUGUCCUUGGCCUCUAUGUGGACAGGACCAAAAAGUUCAUUGAAGCCACCAAAAUUGGUUUCUGUCUGACUACGUUAGCUGCCAUCGCUUUUGCCGUGGUGUCUCAGAUGCAGGGCCAGAUGGUAUGGAUAGCUGUGGUCUGCUCUCUGUUUGGAUUCUUUGGUUUUUCGAUUUGCCCAAUUUCCUUUGAGUUAGCUGUUGAAUGUUCCUAUCCAGUAGGAGAAGGUACCUCCACAGGUCUGGUCUUUGUAAUAGGACAAAUCGAAGGUGUGAUCAUCAUGGUCCUGUUACAAGCCCUGACAAUACAGCGCAGCAGCCGUGGCCCCUCCAUAUGCCAGUUGCAGGAAGACACCAUCUUGGACUGGAGGAACUCCAUGAUGUUGCUGGCUGGGCUAUUCUGUAUCUACAGCUGCAUCUUCAUUAUUUUCUUCCAUACACCAUAUAAGCGGCUUCAGGCAGAAGCCAACAUUACCUACAGGCCCCACAGUGCGGGAAAGGAUGUGGAAGAUGGGGCUUUGGCUCAGUGACCCAGAUAUACUACAGUCUUCACUUCCGACCACUCCCCGACACUUGUAUCAGAUUUCUAGUUUUAAAAUUUCUCAAAAACAACUUUGAUGAAAUUUUUGGCAGAAAACAUUUUCUGAAAACUGGUUUUUUUUGAUCCUUCUUUCUUCCUUACCCCACUGUAUUCUCUGACAAGGCAGAUGCUGAGCUGGAUUGGCACUGCCAAGGCUGUGACUCUUGGUUUGGUGCAACCUAAGCAACUUUUGGGAUACGGUAUCUGUACAGAAGGCAGUGGAGAGAUCCUCUAUGCCAGGCACUUAGGGAAAGAUCUCAAAUCAGCAAUGAGGGUUAGGAGGAUGGACUUUGUUUUACUGUUCAGAGAAAGACUUCAUACUAGGCACUGGGGAGAGUUCAGUCCAUACCCCUAGAAGAGACUUUACAACAGGAAGCAGGAGAGAAUCCAUAUUGAGAACUGAAAAGACACAUCACAUAUGAUAUCGGGGGAAGGAUUUCUUCUUACAGGAGACAGAGAGGAGAGAAGGAAGAGAGAGUCCAUUACAUAUACGAAGGAGAGUCUUCACCCCAGGUACUGAAGAAAAAUUCAUUCCAGGAACUAGAAAAUUCUAAAUACUUGGGAAAAGCUCCAUGGCAGAGUUUGUAAAGGAAUGAACUGUAGAUGGGAUGAGCCCAUGGUUGGGAAUUUGGGACAAAGCUUCAAAGCUACUGUGCCCACUGUGGUGAGAGCACCCUGUUUCAAGGUCUCAGCAUGGAAAUGCUCUUCAUGAGAUUCAUCCCAGCCUGGAGAAUAUAGCAAGCCUAUCCCAAGUGAGGAUACUAGCCACAGUCUAGGCCAAGGUCCUGUCCUGGAAGGUCCUGUGACCAGCUAGCAACCAGGAAGCUGAAGGAUUUUUGACCAGGCCUUGUUUGGUGACUGGGAGCCCUCAGGUUUUAGGUAAAUCCCAGUAUGUGAAGGCAUGUUCUUCAUCCUGUGCACAGGACAACAGGGGGAGAAGGGAGCAAGGAUUUAUUAUAUGCCUACUAAAUGCCAGCCACUGGGCUAAGUAUUUUCCAAAUAUUUUCUCAUUUGAUCCUUACAGAA